AUGGCUUUGCGUCUUUUCCGCAGUUCGGCCUCCAUCCCAGGCCAAUGGUCGCAACUUCUCCAGAAUGCCUCGAUCGCCCCACACGCCUUUUUACGCCCUGCGAUCUCAUUACAAAUCCCGGGGAUCCUGAGCGACAUUUGGGAAUCGGUUUUGCGGGCUGUCCCCAAGAAGAAGACUUCCCACAUGAAGAAACGUCACAGGCAGAUGGCCGGAAAAGCCUUGAAGGAUGUCAAGAACCUCAACACUUGCUCCGGAUGUGGCCAGAUCAAGCGUGCUCACACGUUAUGUCCCCAUUGCGUUGAAACCCAUCCGUCUGAUAUUUUUUCGCUUGCCGUCACCGAAAAUCAAAUCCUGUCUGUCUCGGGAGCCUCCGCGAUCAAGGUGCACUCAACCGCAAACCCCGAUUUCCCACUGGUGCAGUCCAUAGAUGGAGCACACAAAGCCGGGUGCCAUCAUGUUGUGACGGACCGGAAAGGGUCGAGGGCCGUGAGUGUUGGCUUCGGGGGAGAGAUUCUGGUGUGGUCUUGCCAGGAAGGAACCUGGUCCAAGGAUGACAACGUCCCAGCCGUCGAUGGGAGAGGGCCAUCCGAUACUUGGGCGGUUGCCUUGUCAGAAGACGGCCAAUUUCUUGCUGGAGUCAGCCAAGACGGGCACAUUAGGGUAUGGGAUUUAAAUAGCCAUGCUGAGCAGAUCCGUGACUACGAAACCAAAGGGAGCUUUGGAACUUGUAUAGAUUUGUCUUUGGACGGCCGCUUUAUUGCCAGCGGGCACGAGAAUGGUAGUGUGCACAUUUUCAGCACCGAAUCUGGUCGCAUGCCAUUCAGUCUAUCAGGCCUGGUGAAACCCGUGCGAGCGGUUACGUUCUCUCCUGGAGGGAAAUUCCUCGCUGCUGCGGGUGAUUCCAAAGUCAUCAUACUGUACGACACUUCUUCUGGCGAGCAGGUUGCAAGCCUUACGGGCCAUUCUGCUUGGAUCCUGUCUCUGUCUUGGAGCUAUACUGGAGAGUAUCUCCUAAGCGGUUCUUUUGAUGGAAAAGUCAAAGUGUGGUCAAUUGACACCAAAACUUGUGUUGCAACCCACUCCGAGACCGAGAAAGCCGUAUGGAGUGUCAAAUGGUUACCGAAAGUCGGGAGAUCAGAAGGAUUUGCCACGGGCGGAGCAAGCCGUAGCAUAUCGUUCUAUCGGGAGGCCACCGGUGGCUGA